UGCGACAGUGGAUGCGACAGUGAACCUGCAGGGUGACACGUGGCUGAGGCUGCUGAGCCAGAGACGGACACAUCACUAACAAAUCAGAAUCUACUCAGCUCCUUCACUCUUGUUCUUUCUAUCAUAACCGAGCAGUUUACAUCAAGACGAUGUCGGAGUUUGAUCUGCGUGACGCCCUGGAGAGCCCUCUCACACCAGAGCCCUGCUGCUAUGACAUGAAGGGUAUUCAACAAGAGAUCAUCAACCUUGAUACGGGACUGGACCUGGUGGUUUCCCGUCGCCGAAAGAGCAUGCAGGGUGCAGCUACGCUGGUGAUGGCGGCGAACAGGAUGAAGAAUCCCCCAACUUCCAAAGAGCUCAGCAACAGUGAGCUGUGCAUGGCGAUCAUGGAGAGCCUGGUCGAGGAAACUGUUGUCCAGAAGGUUGAAAACUUCACCACAGGAGAGAAAAGAAUCAUCUUCCAACGCGUCAACAGUGUGAGGGAGUGCACUCUGAGCGACGCCUGUAAGAAAGAUAUCGUCCACGCGACAGGAGAGUUAAAAUUGGAGGCCCUCACUCUGAAAGGAGGACACGGAGAUCGCAAAGUGAAUUUUAGGCUGUCCAGGUACAUCACUCCCUGCGUCCCUGUGGGUGAGACUGGUCAGACUGUUGUCCUGUCAGUCACCAACCAAAACCUGCACAUUUCCUGCACCAUGAACGGCGACAAAGCUGAGCUGCACCUGGAGCAAUGCAGCGAGGACUGUUUAAAUCGGAUCAGCAGCGACAACGACAUGGACCGUUUCCUCUUCUACAAGAGAACCACAGGAAAAUCUGUGAUCACGUUCGAGUCGGUGAAGUACUCCGGCUGGUUCAUCAGCACUUCCUCUGAGAAGGAGAACCAGCCGGUGGAGAUGUGCAGGGUGGAUACUGCCCAGCGUCUCACCAACUUCAGAGUGAAUUAAAAAAAUGUUUUUGCUCUUAUUGGCUGAAGGAGCCGCAUCCGUUCGAAUGUAUCCAGAAUUAUGCUGCUUUUUUUUGGUUUACUCUUUAUUCUACCUGACCACUAGAUGGCAGUGUUGCCUGCUGUAUGAUAACGCUGAGCUCUGGGAAGCAGAAAAAAACUAAUAAUAAUUGUGUGACCCACUAAAAGUAGUGACUUAAAACGUU